AUGGCCGAUUGCACCGACCCAGAAAUUUGCGACGCAUAUGAAGAAGUACGAGAUGAUAAAAACGAAACUAGCUGGUUAAUUCUUCAAUAUGUUUCGGAUAGAUCAGAUAAAUUGACAUUAAAAUCAAAAGGGACAGGAGGGUUACAAGAUUUUGUUGAUAAGUUAGAUGAUAACCAAGCAGCAUUUGGUUAUAUAAGACUUAAUGUGUCAAAUGACGAAUUAUCUGUACGAACUAAAUUUAUUUUUAUCACUUGGGUUGGUAGUGGCGUUAAAAUUAUGAGAAAGGCCAAAUUAUCCGUACACGUUAGUGAUGUAAAAAAAGUUCUUCGGGCGUGUGCUAUUGAUGUUAAUGCUCAUGAUAAAGCCGAAUUGGAUGAAGAAGAAAUUCUCACGCAGCUUAGAAGGGCUGGCGGGGCAAAUUAUGAUAGACGAUCUUACGAUUAUUAA